AGUCUGAUUUGAUAUUCACGCGUGAUAAGUAAGUACACAACCGGUGUGAAAGUGACCGACACAACACUCUCACGGUCAAAAACUACACAUUCUCCUGUCUGAAAAUAAACCCAAAACGCACCGUUUGGUCGUCUCAGUCCUCUAGCACGAGGUCCACGAGCAUCAUCUUACGUUUGCCUUAUUUAUCAUCUCUCUCUCUCUUCACUCUACAAAAAUCCAAACAAAGAAACAAAAUAAAAUUUAAAAAAACAAAAAUGUUCAUAGCAUCUCCGGUGAAGACGAACUUCCACGGCGCCAGCCUAGUGAGAUCUCCGGCGUUUCCUGCUCUUCCACGGCGGCGAACACACCAAGUUCUUCUUUCAAGAAAACUGGUUCGAGCUGUGAUCAGCCGAGAAGAAAAGGCGGUGGAUCAAGAAGACGGCAAAAAAAGUACAAACAAACCACUUAUAAAUUCUUCUCCGUUUCCAUGGCAACAAAGAUCUAAGUAUACGGGAUCAAAGACGGUCACGGCCGUUGUAAAGAUCAGGAAGAAGAUGAAAGAGAAGCUUACUGAGAGAUUUGAACAUCAGUUAGAGCUAUUUAUGAAAGCCAUCGGCCAAGGGAUGUUGAUUCAGCUUGUCAGUGAAGAAAUCGAUCCUGAAACUGGUAAAGGUCGUAGGAGUUUAGAAACACCGGUGCUUGGACUCCCAAAGGCUGUGAAAGAUCCGAGAUGCCUUGAAUUCACAGCUGACUUUACUGUACCGUUUGACUUUGGUAAACCUGGUGCCAUUCUUGUCACCAAUCUCCUCUCCACUGAGAUUUGCUUGUCAGAGAUUAUCAUCCGUGAUUCCGGUGAGAACAUUCUCUUCCCUGGAAACACUUGGAUUCAUUCUAGGAAUGAUAAUCCUCAAGCUAGGAUUAUCUUCAGAAGUCAACCAUGCCUACCUUUGCAUACUCCUGAUGGGAUCCAAGAGCUACGGGAAAAGGACUUGGUCAGUGUACGUGGUGACGGUAAAGGCGAGAGAAAGCCUCAUGAGAGGGUUUAUGAUUACGAUGUUUACAAUGAUUUGGGAGAUCCACGUAAAAAAGAACGAAUUAGGCCAGUUCUUGGAGUUCCAGAGACGCCUUAUCCAAGACGCUGCAGGACUGGCCGGCCUCUUGUUUCAAACGAUCCACCGUGUGAGAGCAGAGGAAAGGAGAAGGAAGAGUUUUAUGUUCCAAGAGACGAAGUGUUUGAGGAAAUCAAGAGAGAUACCUUUAGAGCUGGAAGAUUUAAGGCUCUCUUUCACAACCUUGUGCCAUCUAUUGCAGCAGCAUUGUCGAACUUAGACAUCCCCUUCACAUGUUUCUCUGAUAUCGACAAUUUAUAUAAAUCUAACAUUGUCUUGGGACAUACCGAGCCAAAAGACACGGGCUUUGGCGGCUAUAUUGGUGGUUUCAUGAAUGGGAUCCUCAACGUUACAGAGACAUUGCUAAAAUAUGACACUCCAGCCGUUAUAAAAUGGGACAGGUUUGCGUGGCUGAGAGACAAUGAAUUUGGACGUCAAGCUCUUGCUGGUGUCAACCCUGUAAACAUUGAGCUACUGAAGGAGCUACCUAUUCGAAGCAAUCUUGACCCGGCUCUAUAUGGACCUCAAGAAUCAGCUCUCACAGAAGAAGUGAUAGCUCGAGAGGUUGAACACUACGGAACGACCAUAGAAAAGGCGCUUGAAGAGAAGAGAUUGUUUCUUGUGGAUUACCAUGACAUGCUCUUGCCAUUUGUAGAGAAGAUAAACUCCAUCAAAGAAGAUCCAAGAAAGACAUAUGCGUCAAGAACAAUCUUCUAUUACUCAAAGAACGGAGCACUGCGGCCAUUGGCCAUAGAGCUCUCUCUGCCUCCCUCAGCCGAAUCCGAGAACAAGUUUGUUUAUACUCACGGUCAUGACGCUACUACUCAUUGGAUUUGGAAACUAGCCAAAGCUCAUGUCUGCUCAAACGAUGCUGGUGUUCACCAACUAGUGAACCACUGGCUAAGGACUCAUGCUUCCAUGGAGCCUUACAUCAUUGCUACUAACAGACAGUUGAGUACAAUGCAUCCGGUUUACAAGCUGCUUCACCCUCACAUGCGCUACACGCUAGAAAUCAAUGCCCGUGCGCGUAAAAGCUUAAUCAAUGGAGGAGGAAUUAUCGAAAGUUGCUUCACUCCCGCAAAAUACGCAAUGGAACUUAGCUCUGCUGCAUACAAGAGUAUGUGGCGGUUUGACAUGGAAGGACUUCCUGCUGAUCUUGUUCGGAGGGGAAUGGCAGAGGAGGAUUCAUCAGCCGAAUGUGGCGUGAAGCUUGUGAUCGAAGAUUAUCCAUAUGCAGCAGAUGGUCUUUUGAUAUGGAAGGCCAUCAAGGACCUAGUGGAAUCCUAUGUGAAACACUUUUACUCUGAGUCCAAAUCCAUAACCUCUGACAUGGAGCUCCAAGCUUGGUGGGAUGAGAUCAAGAACAAAGGUCACUACGACAAAAAAGACGAGCCUUGGUGGCCCAAACUCAACACAACACAAGACUUGUCCCAAAUCCUAACCAACAUGAUAUGGAUUGCCUCGGGUCAACACGCAGCCAUUAACUUCGGGCAGUACCCGUUCGGAGGGUAUGUCCCAAACCGACCUACUCUGUUGAGGAAACUUAUACCCCACGAAACUGAUCCGGACUACGAAAUGUUCAUGCGAAACCCUCAGUAUAGCUUCCUAAGCUCUCUACCAACACAGCUCCAAGCAACCAAAGUGAUGGCGGUCCAAGAAACGCUCUCGACACAUUCCGCAGACGAAGAGUAUUUGAUCGAGCUAGGAGAAGUGCAGAGACAUUGGUUCCAAGAUGAAGAAGUGGUUAAGUAUUUUAACAAGUUCUCGGAAGAACUUGUGGAGAUAGAGAAGACGAUCAACAAGAGAAACAAGGAUAAAAAACUCAAGAACAGAACAGGUGCUGGGAUGCCUCCUUAUGAACUACUUCUCCCUACUUCACCACAUGGAGUCACUGGCCGUGGUAUUCCCAAUAGCAUAUCCAUUUAGAUGUAUAAAUGCACAACAGAUUUAUAUCAUUAUUAUGUCUUAUAUGGUGGUAGAGUCUAUUAUGAGGCAUAUCUUACUUUCUUUUUUUCCAAUGUAUCAUAUAAUAAUAUAUAUAUAUAUAUAUAUAUCCAAUAAGUUUUAAUCAUCUUUCACUA